GGCUGCUGCGAUGCUGCUCUUAUCUCUGAACUUUCCCAGAGAAGACGACCUGAAGGAACUGAAGCAGAGGGGCUGUGAUGGCUGCAGGUGUGUGUGUUGUGCUGACUCUGGUGCUGUGUGCUGCUGGCUGUGGAGCUCUGGACGUGUGGACGACGACAGAGAGCGGUCAUCCUCCCCCCUCAGUCACCUGCUGGUGCUCCAGUUACCCCAACAAGACUUUCUGCUCCUGGACUCAACCCUCCAACUCCACGCCGCCGCGCUACACCGCCACCUACAGCGAGAGGCUCAGACCCUCAGACAUCAAGCCGUGUCAGCUGAUCGCACCUGACUCCUCUUCGCCGUCGCUCUGGCACUGCCACCUGCCCGACCUGAAGCUUCUCACCGACUACAUUGUCAACAUCACCGCCGUCCACUCUAAUGGCAGCUGCACCCAUCUUACCAGCUUCAUGGUGGAGGACAUAGUGAAACCGGAUCCUCCGACCAGCAUCCAGGUCUCCUCCAGAAACCACUCCAACAUCAUGGUGACAUGGUCGCCGCCGCCCACUUGGGCCAACCUGGAGAUCUUCCCUCUGAAGUACGAGAUGCUUUACCACUACGACCACCGGGGGAAGACCUGGACGAAGAGGACGGGUCCAUUCGAGCGCACCGCAGCUGAGCUGAAGGGGCUGUGUCCAGGAAGAACCUACCGCUUCCAGGUCUGCGCCAAAGAGUUGCUGGACCUGGGCCAGUGCAGCACCUGGAGCUCACCAGUCCAAGUCACCGUCCCCAGCACCAUCUGAGGAGAUUCGCUGCUGCUCUCUCAGAGCACCUUCAGCAGGAGGCCUCUGAGAUUAGAUUGGUAUUGUACCAUGUACACGUUUGCUUUUAUUUAUUUGAAAAAAACUGCCUUUCUUCUUUUG